AUGGAGGAGGAUCAGCACCAGAUGUUUGUUGGGUCGCAGCAGCCAACCAAUGAGGAGCCAGACCCUUCCAGCGGUGGGAGGAGCUUAGCGUGUCCUCUUGGCGCUGCACACGUUCAUUACAGAACGGACCGGACCGAGACUACACCAGCAGCAGCAGCAGCACGGCGGCUCUUCUCGGUCCCCGGCAGCAUGCUGAGCAGGACGCUGUGUGCGGGCGGCGCGGAGCGCGGCCGGGCCGCGGACCGGCUGCAGGCCGCGCUGGCGGGGCUGCGGGAGCUCCAGCUGCUGCGGGACACGCACCGAGACAGGGUGGGCUGGGUCCUGCAGCUGGACCGGCAGGAGCCCGUCACCUCCUGGGCUCCACAAACCACCGGGGGAGCGGAGGAGCAGCGGCUGGAGGCCACGCUGGAAACUCUGAAGCAACAGCUGUUUCGUCUGCAGAAGCAGGACGUAGGCUUGAAGACUCAUCUGCAGCAGCUGGACCAGCAGAUCAGUGAGCUGAAGUUAGACGUGGACAAAGCCUCCAUGGAGCAGCUGGAGAGCGACAGCAGGCCCAGCUCAGGUUUCUACGAGCUCAGCGAUGGUGGCUCGUGUUCCCUGUCCAACUCUUGUACCUCCGUGUACAGUGAGAGUUUGUCCUCCUCUCAGAACAGCCUUCUCCUGCCUCCCACAAGCCCCGCCGUCUCUCAAGCUAUCCCUCUUUCACAAGUCGAUGUGUACCGCCAGCACUCGGCUGACGAGAGCUCGGCUCAGCCCAGCCCUCUGCGGGCUACAGGUCUCCACCUCGGAAGCAGCAGGAUCCGAACCAGUGCUGAACAGCAAAGACCAAGACCCGUGUCAACAGGUGAUCUUGACAGGAUGAUGGGCUGCUACAAAUCUGGGGAUUCAAAGAAAUCCUCAGUUUGCCCAAACCUUAGGACCUCCACAGUGGACCCCAAGUUCCAGAUGAACCUGGUGUCUCGCAGUGGGACUGAAGUGUACCAUUACCCUAGUCCCCUGCAUGCUGUGGCCCUCCAGAGCCCAAUCUUUUACCAUGGAAGCCAACCAACCACACCGGGCUUUCUAGAAGGCCAAGACACCCCAGCAACAGGUGGCCUCAGUGCAGCUGCCCUUCAUCAGGCACAAGUGGGUCCAAAGACACCCAGUUACUUUGACAAACUUCUCCAACGUAGCAUUACCAAAAUCCAACAUGAAACAGAGAAAGAGGUUUUACAAACACACUGUGGUUAUCAACAGCAGCCCAAUGAAACUGUGUUUCCUGAUCGGUCUCAGACAAAAGUGCCUCUGCCAGUCCAGACCAGAGAUGUCACCACACAAGAGAACAAUCAGAAGACACUGCGGAUAUACUCCAGGCAAGAGCCAGCUGAAAAUACAAACCACCAGCAGUCAGUAAGAACCCAAGAAACUGCUUUCCAUUGCCACUGUAAUGAAGCCACUACUUCAAACUUAAGGAAUAAUAACGAACCUAAGAUAGACUAUACCAGCCAAUUCAGAAGCUGCUCAGAGAAGAUAUGCAAGGAUCAUCCAGAGUCCAGGAAGGCAUACAAGCAAAGACCAGCGACUAAUGAAGAAAACAGAGGCUUUGAUGUUCACAGCGGUCAUGUAGCCUCCCCCAAGUUUGUCCAUGCUCAGUUUGUCCCUGCUGGGUCUCAGAAGAUCAAGGUAGGACAGGUAGACUGCAAGACCAAAGCUGUGAAACUCAGAAGAAAAAGCAGUGAAAAGCCUCGACACACAAGGCAACAACAUGGCUACUCGUGUAGUGAAGGUAUCAGAGAGCCCAAGGGUGGAACCAAGGUUGAACAGCGAAAACCUGGACUGGGGAAGAUAACUGCAAAAUGUAUCACUUCUACAGAGGAGCAGAAACAGGGCCCAGGCUCCGACUCAAGUCUUUUGUACACCCAUAAGUGCCAUCUGAAGCCACAUGCUGUCCCUGGUGCCACCAGGUCCAGCAAAAGCCGCAAGUUCCAGUGCUUUGAGCCUGAGCAGCUCUUAGCCUUGAGGAGGAAAAGACAGGGAACAGCCAAAUGGCCAUGCAAUGUUGAGAUGUUCCAGGUCUCAUGUUCUCAGCAUCAGAAGACAAAGGAUUCCCAUCCUCAGGCACCAGGAAGCAGACAAAUAGUCCGCAGUAUGAGUGCCAAGACCCAUCCAACCAGUGGAGAGGACCUGCUCUCCACUUCCAAUCAUCAGUGUCCUCUGACCUGUUUCCUUCUCCGUAAUCUCAAUGCCAGAUACCCUCCUGCACCUUACCAGAAGUCCACCUACUACCCACCUAAAUGUGAGUCUGAAUACUCAGCCGAAUGUGCAUCACUUUUUCACUCCACAAUCGCUGAAAGCAGUGACGGGGAGCUGAGUGACAACACCACCAACCGAUUUGGAGAUAGCGAGUCCAGCCAGAGCUUCCAGUCCUUCUCAGACUCUGAUACCAGCCCUGUCUUUGGAUGAGGAGGACCAUUGGAUGGCCAUGAGGAGGAGGGAGGUUUUGUGUGGGCUGAAGCUGCACUGGGGCCUACAGCCGCUGGACUUCAGCUGUCACGUCCUGAGCCCCACGCCUGCCGUAUCAAAGCUUCUCGAGCCCUGAAGAAGAAGAUUCGUAGGUUCCAGCCUGCCUCUAUGAAGGUCAUGACCCUGGUGUAGGCAGAAUGAGAACUGAGACACUGUGAGAUCUU